AUGAACUCCGGUAACAAUUCAGAUUCUAAUUUAUCAAGUUUCAUAAAUGCACGUCUGUUUGAGGAAUCCAAUUCAGCGGCUACAACUUCACCAUCAACAGGAACAAGCAGAACUAACUCAAUAUCUAGAAGGAUCCUGAAAUCUAAACCUAAAUCUAAGCCUAGAUGUACUGUAGCAAGCUCAAGAAAGGACGGCAAGGUUUCUACUAGGCGUGUCACGACUUCUCGAAGAAGUAAUGCUAGGUCGAAAUGUUGCCCUACAACGAAUCAAGUCAGCUCAUAUUAUUCAACUGAAAAGAUUAUUUUUACUGUAUUUGAAUCAAGUAAGAAUAUGACUACUAGAAUUGGAAUAUGUAUUAUAAAUUAUAAUACUGGGGAAUUAAUAAUGUCAGAGUAUCUCGAUUCCCAAAUUUUUAUCAGAACAAUUCAUAAGUUACAAAUUUAUCAACCUACUGAUAUCUUUCUUCCAAAUAGCUCCCUGAACCCAGUUGUUUCAAAGUUAGCAACUAUUAUAAAGUUUAAUAUAUCCGAUAGUGUUAAAGUUCAUGAGGUUCCUAUAAACUUAUUCAAUCUUAAAGAAGGAAUUUUGAUUCUAAACAAAUAUUCAAUUAUAGAAACUGACGUAAAAGAAGAAUAUUUAGAAAAAAAAUUUGCUUUGAUGGCUAUAUCUGCUGCAAUAAAAAAAGUCAGCUUACUUGAUUCAAAUGAUAUUUGCAAUAAAUUCCAUAAAUUUAGGAUUAAAUAUGAAAAUUCUGAAAACACAAUGGUCAUCGAUUCUAAAUCUAUCUCCAGUUUAGAAUUAAUUAGUAACAAGUUCGAUCCUAAUGGAUUGAGUUUAUUGAAAUAUUUAGAUUCAACUUCCACCAAAAUGGGAUCUAGAUCUCUUCGAAAUAACAUUUUACAACCUUUGACAGAUAGAGAGAAUAUCGAACUAAGAUUAAAAUCAAUAACAGAACUGCUUUCCUUGGAAGAUGGGGCUGUUGAUGAGAUAAGAAAAGAAAUGAAAUCAUUUCAAGAUCUAGACAAGUUGUUCUCUAAACUAUUAUCAAUAAAUCAAAUUGCUAUAAAACCAGAACAAAAAAUCAACUACGUAAUAUCACUAAAAGAUUCAAUAGCAACUAGUCAAAAAAUCCAAAAGAUAUUAAACAGACAAAAAUUUGAAAGUAGAUUACUAAUUGAAAUAAAAGAAAUAUUAAACAAUAACAUGCUAGACCAGAUCAAAAAUGAUAUAAAUAAAUAUAUAAACGAAGACUGCAGUUGGGCUAGUUCAAAUUUAGAGUUACAGAACCAAAGAUCUUAUGCGGUGAAAAGUGGAGCCAAUGGGUUAUUAGAUCUUUCAAGAAAGAUGUACAAGAACUUAACAAACGAAAUAGUUACUGUGAUUGAAGAUAUAGGAAUUGAAUAUGAUUUAGAUGUAAUUCAAAGUUAUGAUUCAAAUAAGGGUUUCUACAUAAAGUUGAAAAAAAAUACAUUAGGUGAUAUGAAUAAUUUACCUAAAAUUCUCACAAAUGUAACUUUAAAAAAUAAAUAUUAUGAAUGCACGACUUCAAAUCUCAUCAAAUUAAACUUAAGACUGAAGGAAAUGAUGUCAGAGAUAUUAAUAAUCAGCGAACAAGUUGUCCAAGGAUUAUUUUCAAAAAUCAUGAAGAAUAUCUGUAUAUUGUUCAUGAUUUCAGAAGCAAUUUCAAUAUUGGAUCUGUUAUGUUGUUUUGCCAAUAAAUCUCAUAAAUUCAGUUAUUGCAUCCCAAAAUUUUCAAACAAGCUUUUUGUCACUAAUUCUCGACAUCCUAUUUUAGAUAUAACUGUGAAAAACUUUGUUAGAAAUGACAUCUCAUCAUCACCUUCGUCUCAUCUUCAAAUAGUAACAGGUUGUAAUAUGAGCGGAAAGUCGGUUUAUCUAAGACAAGUUGUCUUGCUCUGCAUAAUGGCACAAAUUGGAUGCCCAGUACCAGCAGAAUCUGCCUAUUUCCCCAUAUACACCAAAAUUCAUGCACGAAUAAAUAACGAUACUGAUGAAUUGACGUCAUCUACUUUCACUUUUGAGAUGAAAGAAAUAUCACAAUUUCUACAGGAUCUCACACCAUCAACCCUAUUGAUAAUUGAUGAACUAGGAAGAGGUUCAAGCAUAGGUGACGGCCUAGCUAUUUCACUUGCAAUAACUGAAUAUCUCCUACAAUCACCAGCAAAUAUCUUCAUAUCCACACAUUUUCAUGAUAUUGUGAACAUAUUUCAAAAUAAACCAAGCGUUUCCCACAUAACAAUGGGGACCCAAUCAUUAGAAAAUAAUACCCUUAAGAUGCUUUUCAAAGCAUCGUCUAACCAUUCAAUAAUUAAAAAUAGUGGACUGAAGGCAGUCCAAAAAUUUUUCAAUCCAGAAAUUAUUAAAAGUGCAUUUUUGAUAAGCAACUCUUUAAAUACUGACAGACUAAAUUCUGUUAAAAAAUCAUUAACAGAAGAAGAAAGGCUUAUUAAUGAAAAAACUCUCAAUCAAAUGAAGAGAAUUAAUAAUUUGGUCGGACUACUUGAAGAGAUUAUAAAUUCCCCUGAACCUAUCAAUCUGGAAACUUUACGGCAAUUACAAACCAAAUUCAUUAAUAGUUUCUGA